UUACCCGCCUAGUGACUUCCUCCUAUCAUAUAGAUGCGCAGGAUUGAGCGUGUGUCAAAUGGAACAAUGUAACGGAUUGGAGUUGACAGCCUCAUCUGAGGGGGUUACUGAUUAAUCUGGGUUCGAGUCUAUAACCCUAGAUAAGUGCACGCGAACGAGCAUAUCAGCCUCGGGCUCCGCGCGUGCUUGAAUUAAAGAGAAUGACAGCGGACCGGCGCUGAAGAGUCCCGUGUCUUCUUUUCAAGGUAACAAGUGUCAACUCGACCUUAUCAAACGUGGGGGUUCCUGUGAGUUGUAACACUACCCUGGCUCCAGAGACCUUUAAAUACAUUUCAAAAACUUAUUUGCCACGUGGUGUAAAGUGAGACGCUUUCAGCCCCCCAACCGCCCCGAGCUGGUCAGAAAGUUUAGCCAAGUGCCUUCCAGAGACUCAAGAGUGGGACAUUCUGUCAGGAUCUCCGAAGCCAUUUUUCUCAUUUCUUUCUUUGUUUUGAGAUUUCAUAUUUUAAGAGAGCAGCACAUUUGCUGUGAAGAAUAAUCCGGAUCGUCUUUUCUCUGCGCGGACUAACAUGUGGCUUUCUGUUGUUACGUCCUAAAAGCUAAAAGUGCUUUGAAUGGAGAGCAUAAUUUGCAUGCUACCCAAGUUCAGGCAGGAUCUCACGCAAGCCUGGAGACGGCGUGCGCACCUGCCUCUCCUCCUAAACCUGUAGAUGCUCUGCACAUAUUCAUUUAGUGGCAGCUACCAUCUUUAAUGGGAUAAAUUAUCUCCAGAGAUCAGGUGAAUCAACACUGAACGAAAACCUCGAAGGCGUAUUCGUUUCUUCUUAAUUGACACCUUACAUCUUAAGGCCUCCGCAUGGUACUCUGGUCGAAAGAUCAAGACAAACUGCACGACAUGUCCACUGGGACGGAAAGGAUAGAGAUGAUGAAGGAAGGGGCGCCGCCAGCGUACCACCAAUCCAACGGGUCGGUCCAUCCAGUGAUACUGCCCGACAACAAUGAGCAGGUGCCCCAGAACGGGGAGUACGAACUCACCGAGAUGACCUCGCUGCCGGACCAAGAACAGAACGAGCAGCCGGACAUCCUUGACUGUCGGGCCAAUGCCAAGGGCCAGAGAGAAGAAGAUGCACUCCUGGAGAACGCCAGCCAAAGCAACGAGAGCGAUGACAUUAGCACGGACCAAAGCCCGGUGCCGCCGGUUCCACUAAAGGAAACGUCCUUUUCUAUUGGACUCCAGGUUUUGUUCCCUUUCCUGCUGGCAGGGUUUGGGACGGUUGCAGCCGGCAUGGUUCUGGACAUGGUACAGCAUUGGACUGUGUUUACGGAGGUUACUGAAGUCUUCAUCCUUGUUCCUGCUCUUCUGGGUCUCAAAGGGAACCUGGAGAUGACGCUUGCGUCCAGACUGUCUACCGCGGCUAAUAUCGGACAAAUGGACUCGGCAAAGGAUAUGUGGAAAAUGAUCAUGGGAAACCUCGCACUUAUUCAGGUUCAGGCCACUGUGGUCGGCUUCCUGGCGUCCAUCGCCGCAGUCAUUUUCGGCUGGAUACCAGAGGGCAACUUUAUAAUUGGACACGCCGUCCUGCUCUGCGCCAGCAGCGUGGCCACCGCGUUCAUCGCUUCCCUUCUGCUAGGUCUUAUCAUGAUUGGUGUUAUCAUUGCAUCCAGGAAGGUGGGCAUCAAUCCAGACAACGUGGCCACCCCCAUUGCUGCCAGUUUAGGUGAUCUGAUCACGCUGACUCUGUUGGCUGGCAUCAGCACAGGCCUGUAUAAGGAACUGGAAUACAACGACUAUGCCAACCCACUGGUUUGUGCUUUCUUUGUUGCCCUGACUCCCAUCUGGGUCUUGAUCGCCCGGCGAACGCCAUCCACACGGGAAGUGCUUUAUUCGGGAUGGGAGCCUGUUAUUAUCGCCAUGGCGAUCAGCAGUGUUGGAGGACUCAUUCUGGAUAAGACCGUGUCCAACCCAAACUUCGCCGGGAUGGCGGUUUUCACUCCAGUAAUCAAUGGUGUGGGUGGAAAUUUGGUGGCGGUACAAGCCAGUCGAAUCUCCACUUACCUGCACAUGAACGCCCUGCCCAUAGCAGAGCCCAGCCCUACUCCACGUAAAUGUCCCACGCCAUGGAGCACAUUCUUCGGGUCAGGUGUGAAUUCACGUUCUGCCAGAGUGCUCUUCCUAUUGGUCGCUCCUGGUCACUUGGUCUUCCUGUACACCAUUAACUCUAUGCAGGGUGGACACACCACACUCACCUACGUCUUCAUCGCAUUUUACCUGGCCGCAGCUCUUCUCCAGGUAAUAAUCCUGCUCUACCUGGCAGACUGGAUGGUGAACUGGAUGUGGCGUCGAGGGAUGGAUCCGGAUAACUUUUCCAUUCCUUAUUUGACCGCUUUAGGAGACCUGCUGGGUACAGGCUUCCUGGCCCUAUGUUUCCACAUCCUGUGGCUCAUUGGAGAUCGGGAUGCAGAUGUGGGCGAUUAAUCCACACCGCUUCCCUUUGACUCUGUCCGAGCGACACAAAUGUCUUUAUUUAUAAUGACACAUAGAAAAAUAAUAUCUAUAUUGUUAUGGCUACCAUGAUUAUAUUGAUGCUUUAGAAUUGAGCUGUAAUUACGUUGUUUUAGCCAACGGGAGAACGAGAAUCCUCAUUAUUUUUCAAUGGGGAUGUUCGGCCCGAUUUAUAGCCGGUCGCGUUGACUGCAUGUAAAGUUGACAUCAACCUAAACUUGAAGUUUGUCAUAAGAGGCAAAAAACAAACACAGAAUGCUUAAUCACCAAGUGCUACAAAAUUGUUUAAUGAUAUAAAGUGGAAAGUUUUUGAUGAAGGCAACUAAAAAUACAAAAAAAAAUUCUGGACCAUUGCAUAGUGACCUGAUAAAGUGUUUUUAAAUCAUCCAGACUUGACAUGGUGGUUCGUCUUCUCGAAACUGAUAAAUGAAUGAAGACAAGUCAUUUUGGUCUAAGUAAAUUAUCAGACGCUAAAUCUAAACAGGGACCUUUUACGGUAAAACACUGCAUGUACAGUAGAUUACUGUAAUAUAAUGGGAUCGUCCUGUAUGUUUAACAGAUAACACUGCAUUUUCAGCAUCAGAAUUUGCUUCUAUAGUUUUGUCCGUGGCCACAAAGAGAGAAAGUUACCAAAAGUGUACUUGUUUUCUUCAAAAUCCCCGAAAUCUUCAACUCGUGCAAUUUGUUGAAAAGGUCUUGGGUUGUUUACUCUCGCCACCUUAAUGGAUAAAGUAUUAAACUUUCUUUCAGUUUCAUAGGUACAGUAUUUUUCCGACAUGUACAUUUCACCCAAUCAGAAGUCUUGUAGGUCAGAGAGAUUGUCAUAAGCUUUUCAGACUGUUAUUGUAAAGUGCACAUCUGUUUACAGUAAGCAUCAAAGUCUUUCCUUUAGUCUCAGAAUGCUGGAAAAGUUGAUUUGUAGUAAACAGAAAUGGGUUUCAUAUACAACUCAGAGUUUUAAAAAGUCAACCUGAAACUGAAAAACUCUUUCCUUUAAAAAAAUAGUGCUGGGCAAAGAUUAAUCGCGAUUAAUCGCAUACAAAAUAAAAGUGAUUUUUUUUUUUGCAUAAUAUAUGUGUGUGUACUUUAUGUAAUUAUUAUGUAUAUUUAACCACACACACAUACAUAUAUACAUUUCAGAUUUUUUUAUGUAUGUAUAAUUUUUUUUUAAAUGUAUAUAUCAUAUAGAAUAUAUUAAAAUAUAAAAAAAUAUAUAUACGUAUACAUAUAUGUAAAUGUUCCCUAAAUUCAUACAUGAAUGUGUGUGUAUUUUUAUAUACAUAAUAACUAAACACAACACACACUCAUAUAUUAUGCAAAAAAGCACUUUUAUUUUGUAUGCGAUUAAUCGCGAUUAUUUUUUGCCCAGCACUAAAAAAAUUAUAUAUUUCCGUUUGAUCCAGCCAAUGUAGAUUAAACAAAAAAGCUUCACCACAACAUUUUAGUAUUCUGCAGAUAAUGAAAGUAAAAUGGCUUGUUAUAGGCCGAUCAUGUUUGUUACAUAAACAUAACCACGGUUGUUUUAACAACUAGCCAGACCGACUAGAAAUUAGUUAGGGCUAAAUACUCAUACAGAUUUCAAUUUAAAUCUGCCUUUGUAUGUAACUGACUUCAAAUAUUUGAUGAUUUAAAGAUGAUCGGAACGAAUUUGGGACGAUUUUCCACCUUUCAACAAUCUUGGGUAAAGUCUCGAUCAUCCUGGUCAUUGUACCGUGUUUUCUGUGAUGUCUGAGACGAGUGUUCGCAAAUUUUAAUGAUCAGAAAUCCUGUUAAUCCAGAUUAUCACGUGGCACGAAAUGAUACCCAGUCAGAAAGCAAGCUGAUAAAAGACUAAAGCAUGAUUUUAUGCCUGUCGUCUGCCAUGUAUGUUUAUUGUGAAGCCACGUUUGACCUCGAGAGACUUUGGGAGAUGUUCUCAGUCGAGUCUUACGUUGUUUGUGAAGGAAUCUGUUGAUGUGUGAUGUGCUGUCAUGAUCGUAUAGCAGCACUACACAGACUUUUUGAAAAUCUGAUCAAAUUAAAAAAAUCCCAGCCUUAAAAGUAAAUGAACCUAUAGGAAAAAUGUCCCUACAGUUGGUAAACUAAAAGCUAUAUGAGAGUAAACACUUCUUUAAAGGUGCAGUGUGUAAUUUUUAGAAGGAUCUCUUGACAGAAAUGCAAAAUAAUAUACAAACUAAAUUAUCAGGGGUGUAUAAAGACCUUUCUUAAUGAACCAUUAUGUGUUUAUUACCUUAGAAUGAGACGUUUUAUCUACAUACACAGAGGGUCCCCUUACAUGAAAGCCCCCAUUUUGUGCAGCCAUGUUUCUACAGAAGGCCUUAACAGACAAACUGUUUUACUAAGUUUUCUCCAACGAUGACAUGUUUGUCCGGUGGCGGCUACCGUAGCUUCUCUUUGUGUUUCAAAAGCGAGGGGUGAGCAGUGGACUGAGCUAUUGGUUGCAAUUCACAACCUCACCACUAGAUGCUGCUAAAAUUUACACACUGCACCUUUAAAAGUGUUUUAUAUCAAGAACGAUUUGUGUAAUUUUAUGCAAAAACACUUUUUGUGGUAAAGGGCUAUUUUGACAUUUAUACCAUGGCAUGCUAACUGCAGAAAUGCUUUUUAACCAGCAGUUUCUGAAAUCCCUAAAAUAUAUCAUUUUAUACUGGACGAGUGGGGUGGGUUUAUUACUGUGUUUUUUUGCACUCAGAAACACUUGAAAUAGAUAACAGGAGGGCUAGAAAAGCUAAUUUGUACCUCGGUACUUGACCAUAAAAAUAAAAAACCUUAAUCGAUAGUUGCCAGCACAUUAAUGUUUCUUUUUAAAGCCUUAUAAAUUUAGUUGUAAUCUUAGCCUUUCAUUAUUUCUCUAUUUGUUGGUAUCUCACCAGUUUGCACACAUCAUGUCUUAAACAGAGACUCGGGCUGAUGGAUCGUGCUGGGCACAUAACAUAAGUAAUGCAUUGUUAAUAUCCCCCUUAUUAUUACUGUAAACACUGAUUUGUUCAUAAAUGUCUGUUUUUAGGCAAGUUAUAGUCUUGUGGCAGACAUGUUUCAUUACAGAAUAGAUCAGUGUGCACAAGAUGUACUGUAAUGUCAGGAGUCGCCACAAGAGAGCGCACAUCUGCUGUAUGCAUACAUAUAUUAGAAAUGUUUUACCGCAUUCAACAUCUGAAAUAUUACAGGUGCUGCCAGUGUACCUAUGACAGCGAUCUAUAGUUGUGAAUAUUUCUUCAGGGGACGGGAGGCUUUGUGUAUUUAUUUCUAUAGAUGUGACAAAGCUAUUUGUACAUAAUAUAUUUAUUCUAUAAAUAAGUUGUUUAUUUUUGUUCUGUGUUUCCGUUAUGUUGGGUUUUUUGGACCAGUAGAAAUGUUUACUGUACGUUUAUCAGUAAUAUUGUUUCCUUUGAUAAACUUUAACAAAUAUAUCAAAGUUUGGUGCCUAAUACCCAGCAAAACCUCACACUCAAUUUGGUUCAUUGAAUUGAGCAUAAUCCGCCUUAACAAUUCACACGCAAUGCUCGACACGUAGAUGUUUGUGUGUGUGGUUUCUUUAUUUGUAUAUGAGAUCUUUUUUAAUAAGUUGAUUUUUGUAUUCAGUUGAUUCAUGUACACGGUGAAGUAAAAUCAUUUGGGCUGCUGUGUAUAUCAGUGGUAUAGUUAUCCAAAGCAAAACCACCGAGAUACAACAAAUUAAUCUGUCAUUUUAAUUUACUACAAGUACACUUACCUGAAAUGAAUAUGAAGGUCGAAUCUCGGCACUUGUGCAUGACCAGAACUACUUAACAAAUACCAGACGAAGAAAGUUUGGGUGACAUGGCAUGAUUUUAUUUUAAUAAAAGUUUUUUUUUCAUUUCUUCCACCAUCUCACUACCCCACCAAUCUGCCCCGAUCUGAUUGUGUUAAGGGGACUUAACUGAGGUACUUGUACAUUCGUUGCUGGAAAUAAAAAUGAUUCUUUCUUA